UUCAUUGCUCUCUUAUUUCUAGAACAAACCAGAGGAGUGGAGAGGAGUGUGUGUCACCAACUCUGUCUCUGUCUCUGUGUGUAGCUUUCAAGCUUAGCUAUCACAACCCACUUCACCCUUCACUAGUGCUUCUAAUCCAAACCACUAUCAAUCUUUCCUCAAACUCCACUCUGUUUCAUUCUUCUAAACCAAACCAUCAAUCUCCAUUCAAUCCAUCCCAUAAUUCUGUUUUGGAAUAAGUCUUCAUCUUUAUCUCUCUUCAGGUUGCUUUCAUUGCCUACGGGGUGGGUUCCUAUUAAUAAUUCAAUUCAAACCCAAUACAAUACUCAUCACCCAAGUUUCCAAGGUACAUGCUAGCACUAUAAAUCUUUUCUAUCCUUUCUGUAAGCAUCUGUUACGCAAUGGAGGCUGAAAAGGGGGUUUCUUUGGAGGAUGAGAGUUGUGUUAUUGAGAAAAAACAUGUGGAAGAAUCAGUUGAGCAUUUGAACAAAGAGGGUGAGAAUGUUAGUGACUGUGCAGUUCCCACUAUUAAUGGAAUAUCUGAACCAAUAAAGAAAGCUGAAGGCUUAAAUUCUUCUGGAGUGGUAGUUAAAGCCUCUGCAGCUGUAUCUACAAGUAAAAACUUAAAAUCCAUAAAGGAAACGAGAACUCUGAAUAGUGGUUCACCAAAGAACAAUAAACUAGCCAAGGAUCAUAAAGCUAGUUUGAAAGCCACAAGUCCUUUUUCUCGUAACCAGAGGUUGCUUACUCAGAGUCUCUCCUUCCCCUCAAGAGGAGUAUGCUCUGAUGUUCUAAACAAGAGCAUUGAGGUCUACCCAGUGAAAAAAGAAGUGAAACAUGCUCAAAGAAAUGGGACUAGAUCCCAGGCCUCCGGUGGACCAGCCACUUCAACUUCACGUCUGACUCAUCCAAACAGGCCUGCAUCCAUUGGACUCCACUCAAAGGAAGCUAAUACAAUUGGUGGAACUUCUGGUCGGCAGACUUCUUUAGCAUCCAUGCCUAGCAUUAGAUGCUCUGUGCCUGGGAAGUCUCGUACUGUGAGUGCAACUGCUACCUGUCCUCCAACUGAGGCACCCCCAUCAGUUGAUCAAAAUCCAACUCCUGUGAAAGCAGCACUACCAGUGAAAGAGGAUGAUGAUGUUAAUUCCACUACUUCAAGUGCUACUCCUUGUGGGACUCCUAGUGAGCGGAGGAGCAGUGGUUCAGGAUUUUCCUUCAGGUUGAAUGAACGAGCUGAGAAACGAAAGGAGUUCUUUUCAAAGCUAGAAGAGAAGAUUCAGGCAAGAGAAGUAGAAAGAAAUAGCUUGCAAGAAAAAUCAAAGGAAAACCAGGAGGCGGAGAUCAAGCAACUGAGAAAAAGCCUGACAUUUAAAGCUACACCCAUGCCAAGUUUCUAUAAAGAGCCACCUCCAAAAAUUGAAAUAAAGAAGAUACCAACUACACGUGCAAAAUCUCCAAAGCUUGGAAGGCAGAAGAGCACUUUGAAUGCGAGAAACAAUUCCUUAGAAGGUGAUGGACCUUGUCUCGGCCCAAGUCUCAGCCUAUCUCCGAAGCUUGAGAAGAACAAGAAUUCCAUUGCUGCAAACAACUCUUCAGAAGGUGGUGGCUCUUGUCUUAGCCCACGUCUUAACAGAGGACAGAACAAUUCAACUAAGGGAUUUCAGGCAAAAUCUGAUAAAGAUGCUGCUUCAAAGAAACCAAUUAGAAAGUCCCAAUCCAGGCUUCAACCUCAGGAACUUGCAGUCACUAAAACUGAAGGAAAGCCUGCCAACUCUAAACCUGAGGCCCCAGGAGAAGACACCAAAAACCAGGCUCUGCAUGUUUCAGAAUGCAAAGAUAAGAUGGACUCGGAAUCUGCAGUGGAUACCUCUCAGAACAAUGCACUGGUUUUGAAUUCACCUGCCACUGAGAUUAUGCCUCAUGAAGUUUCUGUUGGAGGUUAAGGAUGCAAUACUUGGACCGUGUGUUUAUAAAUUAUAGGUAUACAAUUUUUAAGUUUAAUUGGACUUGUGAAUCAAAGGAAAAAAGAUGUGUGUUGUGAUUAAAUCUUGUAUGUUAAAUAUUGUUCUCUACAGCUUAAUGUAGUUAUGCCUUUCUAUUUUCUUAUUUUUUA